CAACUCUUCUCAACAAUGGUGGAAACUUCCAACUUGUCAGUCCAGAGAUUUUAAAUCCAAAACCCUCUGCAGAUUUCAACCUUCCGAUUUCCCAGUUCUCUCUCUCUGAAAUCGCGGUUCUAACAAUGUCGGCGUACAGAUGGAAGACUUUCCACGAGAACGAGGAUCGGCCGGAGAAGCCUCGCCGCUACGGCGUCACAGAAAUGAGAGGCCCCGAUCACUCUCUCUUAAGCCAAAACUUCCUUCAGGAUAUUUUCGAGUCGAUGGGGGACAUUGUGGAUGGGCUGAGAUUUGCUGGAGGUUCACAUAGCUUGAUGCCGAAGUCGUUUGUGAAAGAAGUGAUUGAUGAGGCUCACAAGCAUGACGUGUAUGUAAGCACCGGUAAUUGGGCUGAGAAUUUGCUCCGAAAAGGCCCUUCGGCUUUCAAAGAGUAUGUGGAGGAGUGUAAGAGCUUGGGAUUUGACACAAUCGAGCUGAAUGUGGGGUCGCUGGGAGUGCCGGAGGAAACGCUGCUGAGACUUGUGAGGUUGAUUAAGAGCGGCGGAUUGAGAGUGAAGCCUUCGUUUGCGGUUAAGGUUAACAAGUCUGACAUUCCUGUUGGUGAUAGAGCAUUUGGAGCUUAUGUGGUGCCGAGACCAAGGUCGUCUGAAUUUGUUGAAGAUGUUGAUCUGUUGAUUAGAAGGGCUGAGAGAUGUUUAGAGGCUGGGGCUGACAUGAUAAUGAUUGAGGCUGAUGAUGUCUGUAAACAAGCUGAUUCAAUGCGGGCAGACAUAAUUGCAAAGGUCAUUGGGCGCCUUGGUGUGGAGAAGACCAUGUUUGAAGCAUCGAAUCCAAGAACCUCAGAGUGGUUCAUCCAGCAUUAUGGUCCAAGGGUAGACUCUCUUUUACAGACCUUUGUCAUUUAUAUUUCUCAUUUAUAUACCAUUUUCUCAUUCAGAUACUGUGCUAAAUUUCAGGUCAAUCUAUUUGUGGAUCACUCUCAUGUGAUGGACCUGGAGUGCCUUCGGGGACGUAACUUAGGUAGAAACCAUGCAUCUGUCUUGGGCUCCUCAUAUUUUCUGUUAUAAACACUGUUGUCAGUCGUCAUACCUGAAAGAACAGGAGAAACUGGAGAAUGUGAUCAUAAUAUGUGCGCUUAUGUUUGUAUGUGACUUGUUGUAUCUAGUCCUGUUGUCUUGUGUGUUUGUGCUGGUAAUGUUUUGUUAAGUAUGUAUUCCUCCAAGGUCUGUAACACUAAUGAAGACUUUCGCUCAGUACAAUUUGCUUUGUCACAGUACAAUCAAGUUCCCUUUGAAUUUCCAUA